GGGCCCCUGUACCGCCCUCCUCUUGCUGCUGCCAGGCCCGUAAUCUGCCAAUGGGCCCCGUACGUACACGACUCCUCAUGCUGCUGUCAAGCAUUCGCCAGUAAUCUUGGUACAUGGGCCCCUCUGUACCCAUCCUCAUGCGGCUUGCCAGGUCCAGAGUGUGUAAUGGGUCCCUGUUACGGCAAAAAGCCCAUUGCUGCUGUCUCCAUCGCCACACUCUGACAUGUGCCACUUUCAGGUCUCCUCACAUGAACACUGAGUGGGUUUUUCCAAUUUUGUCAUAGGGUGCUCACCAUGGCCGUAAACCCAAACCCAUUGCUGCUGCCUUCACCGACAACACUGUGGACUAAAACCACACUACUGGUUUUGGCCCCGUGACUGCCCAAAUGAGUGAAAGUGUGCGGUGAUUCUAAGAUCGACGGCACUCAUCUGCAUGUCAUACUUGACUAAGCAGAAGUAUUAUUUCUCUUCCCAGCAGACCUACAAGGGCAAUUUAAAUUAAUAGGUACAGUGUUCUACGCAUUAAUAUAA